AUGGACCUGAUCGUCGAACCGGGGCCGGAGGGCCGGGCGCCGUACCUCUGGCAGGCGCGCUGGGGCGCGGAGCACUUUGCCUGCGCCAUCGGGCGCGGCGGGACCGUGCCGGCGCUCGCCAAGCGCGAGGGCGACGGCGCGACGCCGCUGGGCGCCUGGGCGAUGGAAAGUCUGUUCUGGCGACCCGACCGCGGCGCCAAGCCGGACUGCGGCCUGCCGGCGCGGCCGCUCGCGCCGGGCGACGGCUGGUGCGACGCGCCGCUGGACCCGGCCUACAACAGCCUGGUGCAACGCCCCUAUCCGGCCAGCCACGAGGCGCUGUGGCGGGCCGACGCGCUCUAUGACCUGCUGGUGGUGCUGGACCACAACCGCCACCCGGCGCUGCCGUUCGCCGGCUCGGCGAUCUUCCUGCACUGCGCCCGGCCGGGCUAUCCGCCCACCGCCGGCUGCGUCGCCCUGGCGCGCGGCGACCUGGAGCGGGUGCUGGCCGGCGCCCGGCCCGGCGACCGCGUGGUGGUGCGCGGCCGCCCGGCCUGA